AUGUCUCUCUCUAGUACGUUGACUCUAGACAAACUGGAUGUUAAGGGAAAGAGAGUCAUCAUGAGAGUAGACUUCAAAGUGCCCAUGAAGGACAAGCAGAUCACAAACAACCAAAAAGUCAGGGCCACCAUCCCAAGCAUCAAAUAUUGCCUAGAAAAGGGAGCCAAGUCAGUAGUUCUUAUGAGUCACCUCGGCCAGCCCAAUGGUGUCCUCAUGCCUGAAAAAUACUCCCUAGAACCCAUCACUGAUGAACUCAAAUCACUUUUGGGCAAGCGUAUUCUAUUCUUGAAAGACUGUGUAGGUUUUGAGGUGGAGAAGGUCUGUGCCCACCCAACUAUUGGUUCAAUCAUCUUGCUAGAGAACCUUUGCUUUCAUGUGGAAGAAGAAGGAAAGGGUCAGGAUCCUUCUGGAAAAGUGAUUAAAGCCGAGCCAGACAGAAUAGAAGCGUUUCAAGCAUCACUCUCUAAGCUGGGAGAAGUCUAUGUCAAUGACGCUUUUGACACUGCACACAGGGCUCACAGUUCCACGGUGGGAGUGAAUUUGCCAGAGAGGGUAUGUGGGUUCCUCAUGAAAAAGAAACUUGACUACUUUGCCAAAGCCUUAGAACACCCAGAAAGACCCUUUCUGGCUAUC